AUGGGAUCAGCCUUGAGUUGCUGCAACUCGGAGAAAGUCGACAAUGGGAUGGGAACAGGAGGAGGUAACGGUAGUAGUAGUCCCUGGAGGAUCUAUACGUACAAGGAGUUGCAUGCAGCUACAAGUGGGUUUAGCGAGGAUAACAAGCUUGGUGAAGGAGGGUUUGGAAGUGUCUACUGGGGCAAAACCUCCGAUGGCCUUCAGAUAGCAGUGAAGAAGUUGAAAUCGAUGAAUUCAAAAGCUGAGAUGGAAUUUGCCAUUGAAGUGGAAGUUCUAGGGAGGGUUCGGCACAAGAACUUGUUGAGCCUGAGGGGUUUCUGUGCCGGCGCUGAACAACGGCUCAUUGUGUACGAUUACAUGCCAAAUCUCAGCUUGCUUUCUCAUCUCCAUGGCCAAUUUGCAGGUGAAUGCCGGCUUGAUUGGAAGAAAAGAAUGAAGAUUGUACUUGGCUCGGCUGAAGGCCUUCUGUACUUGCACCAUGAGGUGACACCCCACAUCAUUCACAGAGACAUAAAGGCUAGCAAUGUGCUUCUAGAUUCCGAUUUUGAACCGCUCGUUGCUGAUUUUGGAUUCGCAAAGCUGAUCCCGGAAGGUGUUAGCCACAUGACUACCCGUGUCAAGGGCACCUUGGGAUAUUUAGCGCCGGAGUAUGCCAUGUGGGGAAAGGUUUCUGAGAGUUGUGAUGUCUACAGUUUUGGAAUUCUUCUUCUAGAGACCAUCACAGGAAGGAAGCCGAUAGAAAAGCUCCCUGGUGGAGUCAAGAGGACGAUCACCGAGUGGGCUCAACCUCUGAUAGUCAAGGGAAGGUUGAAAGACCUCAUUGAUCCAAAGCUUCGGGGAAACUUCGAUGAAAACCAAUUGAAACGAACGAUCAACGCGGCAGCCCUAUGCGUGCAGACUGAGCCGGAGAAUAGACCUACAAUGAAGGAAGUGGUCAGCCUCUUGAAAGGGUAUGAUCCCAAAGGGGAGGCACGUAUAAGAAUUGAGAGUAUCAAAUACCGGGAAGAUUUAAUGGCCAUGGAUCAAGCUAAUGAAGAUGAAGAUGGUAAUACUUAUGAUGGAAGUAGUGCAUAUGGGGUUUUUGGUGCCCUAGAUGGGUUGAAGAUGCAUGACCCCUACAAGCAAAAUGGAGGCAAAAGAAUUGUCUAUGACAAGGUUUAAAGCUUUUCUUUUUUUAAGUAAGGUUUAAAGCUUUUCAUGUG